UUAUCUGUACAAAAACACAGCAUUUCCUCUUCAAAUUCAAAACAGAAGUUUGGAAAAAAAAAUUCCAUUACUAUUACUAACCUUUUUUUUGUUUAUCAUUGUUACAUUUUGCCAUUUCGGAAGAGCUAGAAGGGUUUAACACACUGAUUGUCUUCACAGCAACGGCCUUUUGCACGGAUUUUGGAUAGAAAACGGUGACGUUUUCGACUGAUGGGCGAUGAGAAAUCAGCGAUCGUGAUGGCUAGUAGUAGAGACCGAGAGAGAGAUCGAGAGCUUCUUAUCCCCGUCGCUGAUUCCGUCAACGUUGAUGUCGAAUCCAAGCCGUCGUCGUCUUCCUCUUCGUCCCAUCACUCAGGACGCGAGACAUUUUACAAAGUUGUGAGAAGCUGGGCUUCAAAGAAGUUCAUGACUGGAUGUGUAAUCCUAUUCCCAAUUGCUGUCACCUUUUACAUAACGUGGUGGUUUAUUCACUUUGUUGAUGGUUUUUUCUCUCCAAUCUAUGCCCAACUUGGAAUUGAUAUAUUUGGUCUUGGAUUUAUAACUUCCAUGACAUUUAUUUUCUUGGUUGGGGUAUUCAUGUCAUCUUGGUUGGGAGCAUCUGUCCUGGGUCUGGGAGAGUGGUUUAUCAAGAGGAUGCCAUUUGUUCGACAUAUUUACAACGCAUCCAAGCAAAUUAGUGCAGCCAUAUCACCUGAUCAAAACACACAGGCAUUCAAGGAAGUAGCCAUUAUAAGGCAUCCACGCAUUGGUGAAUACGCAUUUGGAUUCAUUACGUCGUCUGUCAUCCUCCAGAACUAUUCUGGGGAAGAGGAACUGUGCUGCGUCUAUGUUCCCACAAAUCAUCUGUAUAUUGGUGAUAUAUUCCUGGUCAAUACCAAGGAUGUUAUCAGACCCAGUCUUUCAGUUCGGGAAGGCAUCGAAAUUGUAGUAUCAGGCGGAAUGUCAAUGCCCCAAAUCUUGUCAACUUUGGAUUCACGCAUUUCAGUGGAUAGAAGUAGAGUGGACAGGAGCUGAAUAUAAGAUGGUAGCUGUAGAGUUCAUUUAUUGCUUCAUUUCGUUUCAGAUUAAGUAAUUGAAACAACUUCAAUUGAGUCAUUGGGAUAGCCAACAAUUAUAUAUGAGUGGGUAAUGCUGGAGCAGAGUUCAGAUAACAAAGUUUUGACGGUUGAUGGAUCAAUAUCUGGUGGCCUAUGUAACAUUUGUUAUUGUUUAGAAUGUAGAUUUAUCGUUUGGUUUUGAAAAUAGUCUGGUUGAUAAUACAGGCAGCUAGGGUUGUUGGCAUUGUUCUCCCACUUAUUAGGAUGGUUUUGCCGCUUCGCACUGAAUCAUACUUUAUAGUCUGACUUUCUUUUAUUUUCAUUAUUUGGUGCAACCCUUAGUGUUUGCCUUGUAGAUAAUAUGUUUUAUUCAGGUUCAGUGCCGUUUUACUGUC